AUGGUUGGUGGGCCAUCGGAGAGUCACCGGGCGAACACUUAUUCUAGCCAUUCGAUGGCGUUUGGGGGAGGAGGGGUGGCGUAGCUACCGCAUGGCGGAAGGCGUUGCGGGAUGGCAGGAGAGUGUUUGGAGAGGUACCCGCGGUUGUAUGGGAGCGAUGACCGGUUGCAUGCUUGUAUAUCGGAGCUGGGGGUUCCUCUUAGUCGAGAAUUUGGGUUUCAUCAGUGGGAUAUUAGGGGAAAUCCUCAUGGUCUUUUAGCAGCUCACCCCAUAGCUCCUUUCGUCUCGAUACACCAUGUUGAAGCUGUAGAUCCUUUGUUCCCUGGUUUGAGCACCCUUGAAAGCCUGAAGCUUUUCACGAAGGCUAUGAAUACUGAACCGAGAAGUUUCUUGCAGCGUGCUGUCUGUUAUGAUGCAAUUCAAAAACUGACAUUCUCGGUCUCAUUGGGAUAUGUUGUGCAAGUGUUUCCAAAUAUUGUUCUUCCACGAGAGUUGGAGCGCUCAGAGCAAACUUAUGUUGCAUGGAACAGAGUUAAUAAGAGAGAUGAGUUUGAUUUUGACACAAGGGAUGUUUAUAGGUCUGUUUGCAAGAAGCCAAUUCUUUUCUUUUUGAAAGAUGUCAAGAAAGAUGGAAAUGUAACACUAAGUUCCUACAAGCGAGCUAAGAGGACAGACGACCUUAAGAGGAAAGUCUUCUGUUUUCCUCGAUCACCUCCUCUUCCUUAUGUCGAUGAGAUCCAGAUCUCGGGGAAUCCAUUGAGUGAGAAUUGGCAUUUGGUUCCAAGACGAUUAUGCUGCAACUUGAACCAAACAAGAAACGGGACUCUUGGACUUGUUGUUGAGCAAUGUAGAAGAGGAUCUCUAGGGUCUGUUUCUGACUCGUUAUGAUUUUACAAAAUUUUUA